CGGAGCGCGGCGGACAUGGAGUCCAGCCAGAGCCAGGGCGGCCAGGGGGAUGAAGCGAUGCAGACGGUGGUCUCCAACGGGAAUGGAAUUGCCAACGGGAAGAGCGGCGGAGUCGGAAACGGAACUGGCAACGGAGUCGGCAACGGAAUUGGAAACGGAGUCGGAAACGGAACUGGCAACGGGAUUGGAAACGGAGUUGCUAACGGAGUCGGAAACGGAAUCGGAAACGGAGUCGGCAACGGAACUGGCAACGGAAUUGGAAACGGAACUGGAAAUGGAGUUGGAAACGGCAUCGAGAAGAAGAUCGGCAACGGGCUGAGCCACAGACUGACGCGUAGGGACCGGCCGGCGGCCAAGGACGAGUCCACCAAGGCCCUGGAGGAGCUGCGACUCACCACCAUCCGCGGUAACAUAGAAGGCGUCCGGAAUGCUCUGAGAAAGGGUGUGUCCGUGAACCAAACUCUCCAGGGCGGCUGGUCGCCGCUCAUGUACGCCUGCUCCAUGGGGCACCCGGACCUGGUCGACGUCCUCCUCGGCGAGGGCGGCAACCCCAACUUCCACAAAGAGCUGUUCACGCCCUUGAUGGCGGCGUGCGCGUCGUCGCGCGAGAACGAGGAGAAGCUGCUCCGCUGCGUGGACCUGCUGCUGGCCUACAACGUGGACGUGAACGCCGUGGAGCGCCACCGCAUCUCCGCGCUCAUGUUCGCCGCCAAGGAGGGCCACGAGAAGCUGGUGCGGCGGCUGUCGCAUCGCCAGGGCUGCAACCUCAACCUGCAGGACAGCCAGGGCUGGACGGCGCUGUUCUGGGCGGUGAACCAGGGCAGGACGCAGGUGGUGGCCACCCUGGUGCAGGCCGGUGCCAAGGUGCACAUCAAGGACCGCCGGGGUCAGACGGCAUUCGACUUGGCAGUGAGCAAGGGCCUGUCUGAGAUCGCCUCCAUCCUGAGCACGCAGCACCUGAGCCGCGAGCCUCCGGACAGCUCGCUGGACCCGCUGCUCGACCCCUCCGUCAACUACGCGGACCCCGCGCUCAGCGCCUCGCUCGCCUCCCUGCCCACCGGCUUCUGGCCCACUGUGCGCCGCACCGCGGCACCGCGUCGCAUGGCGGCAGCGGAAACAAAGAAGCGUAUACCAAACACACCUUUUUCAACUUGCAUCUACGACUGUGUCGGAAAACUUGACACGGCGGACGCAUCCAACCAAUUUUGCAUUCCACUCCCACAGGUCCCGGAUACUAAUUCUAUUUUUUCCGACACUUCUUUCGGACUGUUUUCCCUCUUGAAAGUAGCUAGCUUGGCGAGGGUCUGUGCGACUGACACUCUUUCCGUGUGUUCUCCAAGGCAUGGCCGCCACGGUGGCUGUGAGGCGGAAUUGGCGAUUUUGUUGAACGGCAUGGCCUUGCCCCAGCAUGCCGACCUCUCCCCUCCGCUCUUCCUCACCUCCCCCUCCCCCUCCCCCAUGUGCUCCCGCUCCCCGUCCCGAUCCCGAUCCCGGUCCCGGUCGCCGUUCGGCGGGGACGUCGUGGGCAACGGCUGCUUCGACGUGUCCGAGAACGGCAUCCACCUGUCCCUCAAUGCCAGGAACAUGAUUCGCGCCGUCCGCCGGCGCCGCGAGCGCCACCUGGCGGGCAAAGACAAAAAGCGAACGAUCGCGCCGAUCACGCAUUGCCCCCGAAACGAGACUUACAGCCUGCAGGACGCGCUGGUGGUGCUGGCCAGCACGGUCCGCCACCUGUCCGUGCUCUUCGCCAGUGUGUCGUACGUGCGGCUGCGGCUGCAGGGCCGCCCAGUGGACCUCCCCUUGGACCAGCGGCACAGCGGCACCAACGGGCUGGCCGCGCUCAGCGCCAGGGCGCUGCGGCAGGCCGACCUGCUGUGCAGCGAGGUGCGCUUCCUGCACCAGUUCACCAACAAGCUGAACGAGACGGACGCCAUCGUGCCCGCCGACGUGAUCGUGGAGAAGAAGGACUGCAUGCCGUCCUACACCGUCUCCAGCAUCCUGGUGGUGACGGCCGUCUCCGUGGUCCUGGUGUACAAGUGGCGGCACGGGCCGCCGGCGCUCGUCUGGUGGUGGUGGUGACGACGGUGACAGCCUUGGGGGCCUUGGCGUCAGGGCUGCAAGACUCACAUCGCGACGAAAACAUCGCUCGGAAUCGCUCUGCCCGGUGUUGCACUGGACUGAACUGACCAUCUGCCACCCCUUGCAGACCUCAACAGAGUCAAGCCGGCGUGGGCGCCGUCCGAUCAGGAGCCAGCAGGCGUUACUUCCGGUUAAGAAAACAUUUGUGAUUUAUGUAUAGAAUCCGGCUGAAAAAGCCAACCAGAUACAGACUGACUGAUUUAAGAGAAUAGUUUAAUUAUGUAUGAUUGAAAACGAAUAAAAGAUGAUACAACUUUGA